CUCUUUAUAAUUAUUUAUUAAAUAAAUAAAACACUUGUUCUCUUACUAUAUACGUAUCAUUGUAUCAAUAUCAAUAAUAUAUAUUAUAUCCCUUUCUCUUUGCUAUUCACGACAACGUGGACUGCAGGUGCUGACUGGUAUUUCAACAUUUUACUAGCUUAUAAAGCUAACGGACAACAACACCCACACCUCAUAUCUCUCACUUCAUCACUCUUCUCUCACUUAUUCUCAUUUCUCUCUCUCUCUCAAAACCCAAGUGUGUUUUUUUCAUUUUACCUUCCAAUUUACCAGAGAAAUCCCAUUUGUUAAUUUUCAAAUAGCAAAGUGUAGAAAAUUAGAGAAGAAGAAGAUCAAAAUGAUGCAUAGAUGCUGUAGCUCACAGGGGAAUAUGGCGGGACCAUGUUCAUGUGGUGUAUACCAUCACCACAACCAAAACAAUAACAACUCUUUCUCUAUGCUAUUCUCCAUGCCUAAUCCCAAGCCGUACGAUCAUUAUAGUAACGAUCAUACAUCUUAUCAUAAUAAUAACCAAGAUAUGUAUUCCUUCGCAUCUCCUUCUUCUUCUGUUGAUUGUACACUUUCACUGGGUACACCAUCGACUCGUCUCUCAACUACACCAGAUCAUGAUUAUUACGACGACAAUAAUAACAAACACCAGCAAAGAAUGCGCCACGCCGAACGACGAAACGAUUCUUGCGUUUCCAAUUUCUGUUGGGAUUUGUUACAGCCGAAUCAUAACAAACACCAAACGACUACUACGUCAUCAUCUUCUCACAAACACGCUGCUCGUAACGGCUCGAACAGUAACAGCAGCUCAGCCGCCGCCAGUGAUCCUCUUUUGGCUCGGCGCUGCGCCAACUGUGACACUACCUCUACUCCUCUCUGGAGAAACGGCCCAAGAGGCCCAAAGUCACUUUGUAAUGCUUGUGGGAUUCGAUUCAAAAAAGAAGAGAGAAGAGCAGCCGCCACGUCGACAGCUAACGUCGGCGCAGCUUCGGGAAUGGUAAUAGAGCCGAGCCACAUGUUCAGCCAUCAUCACAACAACAAUAAUCCAUGGAGCAAUCAUCAUCAUCAUCAAUACCAACAACACUCUCAAGCUCAGAAAAUGGCUUGUCUUUCUCCUGCAGCCGCGGCUAUGGGAAACGAGUUUCGGUUCAUGGACGAUGAAAAUCAUGAACCCGUUAACGAUUCUAACGGCAUUUCUUUCCUCUCUUGGCGACUCAACGUUACGGAUCGGCCUAGCCUAGUCCACGAUUUCACAAGAUGAUCAUGAUCACCAAAAAAAAAAAAAAACUUAAUCAACGGUCAAGAUCGAUCGAUGGUAGUAUUAGUAGUAGUAGUUUAAUUUUUUGAAUCGAGAAAAAAAAACGUUAUAUGGCAAUGAUGACGUUACAAAUUUCAACAUGGUCGUCUUUGCCUAAGCUCUCAGUCAACAAAAAAAAAAAAUAUAUAUUUUUCUUCUUUUUGGUAAGUUCCUUUUUCUCCUUCUUACAUAGAUGGAGUGAAAAUGGGAUAAUUCUAUGUUCUUAUAAUUAGUUUUGCUUUUUCUUUUGAGUUCUUUUAUAUUUCUUUUUCAGUUACAUAUAAAAAAACUUUUUGUUUGUUC